AUGAAGUAUUCUUACUCGAUAAGCGCCGGAGCAACAGCAGCAUUGUUUGGCCUGCUCUCUACCUCCGUGCGAGCGCAGAACGACACGACAGAGAUUGACGGACCCGUGAUCGACGUGUUAUAUAUUACUGACCAGUCUCUUCUCGGCACGACGCUACAAGACUACCAACUGGCAGGAGAAGUCCUAGAAGCCAACCCAUCCACUACGGUCCUUGCAAUCGAGUGCUUAGGGGAUGGCAUCGACACGGAUGUGUGCGGUGCAGACGCGGCGACACUGACAUUCGGAUCAACAACAUGGCUCGCUUCGGACUCGACCGGUAACGUGGAGCUGACGGUGGACUGUUCGAUUGCAAGGAACACGGAGAGCGCCGUUUGCGAGGAAGCGAUCAAGGCACCGGCCCAAGUGUUCACAGAUCCUUACAUCAAUCCAGCAGAGAUUACUUCACUCAUCACGGCCAGCGUGGACGAUAUCAGCUCGACAACCUUCACUGCCACCCUUGGCUCAACGCUGCUUACCUACCUCCCUAUCACCAUCACCGCGGGAGACGAGCUCUUGGCCAGCGCAAGUGCCCAGGCCACAGCCGAGGGUAAUAACGCUGCAGCCAGGUCGAGCGUUAUGCUGAACGGGCUUGUAGCCGGUGUUAUGGGGGUGAUGAUAUUGUUGUUGUAG